ACAGAAACGUAAAACCUAAAGUCAAAAUAAAAAGGGCGUUGAGGGGAGAAGUCUCUUUACGUCUCUCAACAACAUUCGCCGUCUUCCUUCCUCUAAUCUCUCUCUCGAUCGAUUUCUUCUCCGCGAUUCCAAAUGUCGAGCCGUUGGUUGAGACCUGAGGUGUAUCCCUUGUUCGCGGCUACAGGAGCUGCGGUUGGGAUCUGUGCGUUCUCGUUGAUUAGGAACAUCACCGGAAACCCUGAAGUCAGAUGUACCAAGGAGAACAGGGCUGCCGGAAUAUUGGAUAACCAUGCAGAGGGAGAGAAGUACAAGGAGAAUUUCUUGAGGAAGUAUGUUCGCGACAAGCGUCCAGAAAUCAUGCCUGGCCUCAACAAGUUCUUCACCGAUCCUACUUACUGAACCUACCAUUUUUCUCAAGACUUUCUUGUAUUGUUUUCUGGAAUAUUGGGAUUUUGAUUGAAUCUCUCUCAGUGUCUCUUAAUAAAAAUAUCAUUUGUCAUGUUGCUACUUCAUUUAUGCUGGUGGCUUAUGUUGUCGCUUUUAAGCAGAACUACAACUAUCUGUAUUGAACUGCUCUUUGGAUACAUAACUGGAGUUUACUUUGACAGGA